GUCUUUCUCCGCCAUGUUAGUUUCUCCGGGUCCCGGCCUACUGAUCAGGCCAAUUCCUGGUAUGAUCAUCCGGUUCCAAGCUGGGCUACGUCCCCGGUGGCUGUACGUGUGAUCGGCGGACACAGGGCGGGGGCUUUGUGUGCGGCACCCACGGUAGUGGAGCCAUGCAUUAGACCUACCAGAUACCGUUACAUUUCCAGUCAUGGGGGACAUGAAGACUCCAGACUUUGACGAUCUUCUUGCUGCUUUUGAUAUCCCUGAUGCGACAAGUUUGGAUGCCAAGGAAGCUAUCCAGGCUACAAGUGAUGAACAAGAAAACCAUCUGAAACCAUCAGGAAUGUGUUUGGAUGAGAAUCUGUCUUUGACUCAGUCUGUGCCUGCCCCUGAUGUCCCAGCAGUUAGCGUUAUUGUGAAAAACACCAGCCGACAGGAGUCAUUCGAGGCAUCUGAAAAGGAAGGAAAUCAUAUGGGUCCAACUUUACUACAAAAUGGAUUCCGUGGCCCUGACGUGGGCACUGAUCCUCAUGCUGUCGGACCAGGCUACGGAAAAUUUGAACCAGGAUUCAUAAAUGGGGACAACUCGCGGGGUUACACAGAUAAAAUGGAGUCACACAAAACAGAACCAUUGCCAACGUUUAGCCAGUUUAGCCCUAUUUCUAGCCCUGAGCCAGAAGACUCAAAAGAUAAUGGGAUCCUGAGCAAGCAGAAGGCAGCGGAAUCUCCUUAUUUCCCACAGCCUUCCAUGUAUGAAGAAGGUUGCAUAGUAGAUUCACUAAGAAAGCCCUCCGAGCCAGAGCUGAGUAUGUUUGAUGAAUACUGUAAAAAGGAGCAAAAAUCUGACUGCCUGGAAGCAGAGAAAGAUAGAUCUGAGCAAACCCGAGGUACAGACAAAAACAGCAGUUUCCUUGGGUCAUCCUUGCCAUUUAAGGAUGCGGAAGAUAGCAGCAGUUCUCAGGAGAAAGUAUUUCCAGGGCCAGGAGACUCUUUUGGUAAUGCGGCUGGCACAUCAGCUCUUUGUUCCUCCUCUGUGCCACCUCGGCAGCGUAUUAAACCUGCACAUUCAAAGUUAUCCUCUUGUGUAGCUGCUUUGGUGGCCCUUCAGGCUAAAAAAGUUGCAGUGGUCCCUAAGGAGGAAUCCCUGUCUAAAGAAAUGAGUGCCCCAUUAAAAGAAAGUAUUAAGGGGAGUCCUAAAAUGCCAAAGUCUCCUAAAAGUCCAAGAAGUCCGCUAGAGGUGGUAAAGAAGAUUAUUAAAAACCCAGAUAGCCCCAUGAGUGUCUGCAGUGACACCAGCAGUAAAGAUUCUCCAUCAGUUUGUGCUGGUUCUCCUCCUGCAAUUCCCAAAGUGAGGAUAAAAACUAUAAAAAUGUCAUCCGGCGAGAUCAAAAGAACUGUAACUAGGAUUUUGCCAGAAGUUGAACCGGAUGAUUCGGUAAAAUCUCCAGAGGACUUUCUGGGGGAAAAUUCAUCUGGGGAAGAUGUCAAACCUCCUAUGCCCCCGGAAGAAGUGACUGAUUCAGAAAAGGAGAAAGCAAAGAACUGUGGAAAAACUACAACCACACCUAGUGUCCAAGGACAGAAUGCUGCUAGCCCUCAAGUAUCGAACUCUAAAGGGGAGAAAAAGAAAGCGGUGCAAGGUCCAGGCCUUCAGAAUCCUGGCGGUGGUUCCACGAAGCCCUCUAACAGCUCCCAGAACAAAAAGCAGUCUACAGCUUCCACCAAGACUACGUCUAAUUCAACCGCUUUGCUCCCCAAGGCAGUUCACCUUGCUAACCUUAACUUGGUCCCUAACAGUGUCACUUCCACUGUUGCAGUGAAGACUACAACAGUAAGGCAGACACAGGGACAAGGAACACCUAUGGCCGUGCCACUGGUACACCAAGUUAAAAUGGCUGCUCCUGUCAUUGUGGAGGCUUUCAAUAAACUUCUGCACAGCGCUAAUCCUGUCCCAACAUAUACUCCAAAUUUGAAUCCCCCUCCUGACAGUAAUAUUACACUGCCACCUACAGGUUACACGUGUCUGGAGUGUGGGGAUUCCUUUGCCUUGGAGAAGAGCCUUGCACAGCAUCAUAGUAGACGAAGUAUCCAUAUUGAAGUAAUGUGCACACAGUGCUCUAAAACGGUGCAGUUCUACAACAAAUGUAGUUUGCUCGGCCAUGCCAGGGAACACAAGAGCAAGGGGCUGAUCAUGCAGUGUUCGCAGCUGAUGAUGAAGCCCAUUUCUGCGGAGCAGAUGCUGGCACUUCCUCCUUUAGUUGCCUCUGUCCUGGCAGCUCAGCCUUCAUCUUCCAACCAACGAACAGUAGCAUCAACAGCUUCUCUUGGAGUGUGGUCUGGGACCUCCUCCUAUGCCCCGCCAGCUAUGCCACUUUAUGCAGACCCAUAUGGACUUAUACGCCAUGGGUUCAAGUGUUUGGAGUGUAGCAAGCAGGUUGAGGACUAUACCUCUCUAGCAGGACAUUAUCAGAGAGUGGCAGAGGAAAAAGAUGGACUUACCUGCCAGGUUUGCCAGAUGAUGCUCCCUAAUAAGUGUAGUUAUGGGGCUCACCAGCGCAUUCACACCCAUAAAUCUCCAUACUGCUGCCCAGAAUGCGGCGUCCUGUGCAGAUCCGCAUAUUUCCAGACCCAUGUUAAGGAGAACUGCCUGCACUACACUCGUAAAGUGGCGUUCCGGUGCAUUCACUGCGGGGUGGUGUUUAUGUCUCUGGGUCUGCUGAAAGUACAUAUCCAGGACAAACAUUGUGAGGUGUUCCACAAGUGCUCCUUCUGCCCCAUGGCCUUCAAGAGCACAGAAAGUACGGCUGCCCAUAUCACUGCCCAGCAUCCCACCGCAAGCCACAAGAAUGCACAGAUUAUCUAUAAGUGUUCGUGUGAGACGGUCUUCAAUAAGAAGAGACUUUUGCACCAGCAUUUCUACCAGAAUACAAACAGUCUGCUCGUCAGUGUCUUCAAGUGUCCAGAGUGUCAGCUGGCAUACAUGCAGAAGCAGUUACUGGUGCAGCAUCUUAAGGGUGUCCAUGGCCUUCCUAAAAACCAAGAAGGUUCCUCAAACACUCAGAAAAAGUCAGAUACCACUUCAGAAAAAAAUGAUGACUCCACUGCAGCAUCAAAAUCAUCUGCCAGAGGCGAGGGCACUUCCUCUACCAACAAAAGAGACAGCGAGUCUUCACAGUCACAUCACAAGCAGAAACUAUCUGGCUACACAUGUGGAGAGUGCUCCGAGUGGAUCCUGGACAGGGAGACAUAUGUCUUCCACAUGAAGAAAAGUCAUGGCAGGAGCAUGAAGCGGUACCCAUGCCGGCAAUGUGAGCGUUCCUUUAACUCUACAACCAGCUUACGACGACAUGCUAGAAACAACCACGAUACAAAAAAGGAGUACGCCUGUUGCUAUUGUGCGGAGAAGCCUACUUUUGCCAAGCCGUCCAUGUUGGCCAAUCACAUCAUUUUAAUGCACGGCAUAAAAAACCCUGAACUUACUCAGCUACCCUCUUCAAAAACAACAAGUUCACCUGCAGACAGUGGAGCUGCAGAGAAGACUGCUGGUCCAAAGAAAGCUGUCAAAAAGGAACUUGAGAACUCAAAUGCAAAUGAUGAGCCACAUGCUAAGAAGUUGAAAGCAGCGUAUAAAUGUGCAAAGUGUGGCUUUACUGCAAACAGCAGUGAAGAAUUUUUAGAGCACAUACCACAGCAUAAAAGUGACAACUCGACGUGCCAGUGUGUGCACUGCGGCCUGUGUUACACCUCCCAAAUAUCACUCAACAGACACCUCUUUAUUGUGCACAAGGUCAAGGAAGAAGAGGAGGAGGAGGACAGGCAAGCAAGGCCUCACUCAGGAAAGCAGGUUUUAAGUUCAAAGUCUGAGCAGUCGUGGGAGUGUGCCCAAUGUGAUUUAACCUUCGACCUUCAGAGUGCGCAUGCUGCUCAUGUACGGACUCACAAAGAGAUCCUCAAUAGCAGACAGAAAACCGGAUCUCCUAAAUCGUAAUAAACAUUGGACUUCGAAAGAACAUGUGUGAAAGAAAAGCAUAU